AUGGGCCGCAUUGACAAUUUUUGGUUAAAUCAUUUAUCAAAUCAUAUAUAUAAUCACGUUGAAGACAAAGUGAAAAUGUUGAAGGCGGACCAACAUUUAACGAUUGCAACUCAAGUUACUGAACAGGCAAAAAUAUACAUUAAAUCUACUACUAAGGAUACAGAGAUUUUGUACAACGAUCAAGCAUGGAAACAAGUUAAUGUUAAGUCUGCCCUAAUACUCAAAUUAUUCUUUUCAUUCUUUAUGUGUUUAUCUGUUAAUCAUUUAAUAUCUUAUCAACACAAUUCUUCCAAACAGGAACCAAAUAAAGAAACAAUUGAAACUUUGAGACGGAAGAGAGAUUACGACGAAUUUUUUGAUGAGGAACCUGAUGAAUCGUCAUCUAUUGAAGCUGAGCCACAUGAUGAAUUUGAUGAAGACAAGUUCUUAAAAGAACUUAUUACAAUAGAGGAAGUUACAAAUCCAGUUGUUAAAAAGCUUCUGAACUAUGGUGAAGGUAUUGCGAGAUAUAAAAUAAUUUUUUUGCCCGAGGGUAAUAAACAAGAUCCAAUAAAGAAUCUUCUGACAAGUCAAGAAUGGGCAACGUCCGAACAUGACUGGCAAAUGGCAGAAGAAAAAAUAAUUGGCUCUUUUUCAGUAGCGAUACCAGCAGACAUAGUGAAUCUCUUAAUUAAAUAUGAUGAAGCCAUCAAAGAACAUACAAUUGGAUUUGGAUCUAACGUUAAUAAAAUAUCGUUAGUAAUAAAUGAAAAUCCAUUCGAGAAAGGAAGAACAGAAUAUGUAUUUCAAAGAGACUGGCUUCUUCACUGGGUCCAACUAGUGUAUACUUCAUUUUUAUCCGAAUAUGCUUACCGUGAUCGUCUAAUUAAUAAGCUUUGGGAGGAUAUAUUCUUAGAUGUUAAUCCUGCAAUUUACAUGCGAACAGGAGAGGUAGAAAAUAUUGAUCGAAAAAAUCAGAAGGAUGGUUCAAGACCACCAGGACAGAAAAGAGCAACUGGAUGGUCCCACGAUGCGAUCUUAAUGGUAAAGUUUCUGAGUAAAGAUAUUCAAGUUGGUUUUGAUGAACUUUCGAGCAUCAUUAAAGCAAUGUUAGAAUUUAAGUAUCGUAUUAUAAACCUUACGAAUCACAUUAAGUCGCUUCUGAAACACAGACCUAAGACUUUUGGGUAUCGCAAAGCCAUUGAUGAAUCUGCCGUGGAUAGUUCACCGUAA